GAUACCAAAGUGCCGGAUCUAGCUGAUACUGGGGUGGCCCGGAGCUCGUGAACUCAAACUGGAGACAAGUGGUUUGUUGCAGCCCACAAAUCAUACUACUUUGGAUAUAUUACAUGACUCAUUUCAUUGACUUGUGGUUUCAGCAAGGAUAAAACACUUCUCUGUCCAGGCCAACUAACAAGCCAUGAAGCUGUAUCCCGCCAUUAGUGUUUUUCUGUGGUGUGUCGCUGCUAGCUUUACAUGGGCUGCCAAAAUUGUGAUCGUGCCUCCUAUCAUGUUUGAGAGCCACCUGUACAUCUUCAAGACUCUGGCAUCCGCCUUGCACCAGGAGGGACAUGACACCGUGUUCCUGGUGUCCGAGGGGCGGGACGUGCCCCCGUCCGAACACUACCGCCUGCAGCGCUACCCGGGAAUCUUCAACAGCACCUCCGCGGACGACUUCCUCCAGUCCAAGGUGAAGAACAUCUUCUCCGGUCGCCUGACGGCGCUGGAGCUCUUUGACAUCCUGGAGCACUACUCCCAGAACUGUGAUGUCAUGGUCGGAAGCAACGCGGUCAUGUCCCGUCUAAAGGAGGAGAAAUUUGACCUGCUCCUCGUCGACCCCAACGAGAUGUGCGGGUUUGUCAUCGCCCACCUUCUCGGGGUGAGGUACGCGGUCUUCAGCACAGGUCUUUGGUACCCGGCAGAAGUCGGGGCACCUGCCCCACUGGCCUAUGUCCCAGAGUUCAACUCCCUCCUCACUGACAAGAUGACCCUCCUACAGAGGAUUACAAACACUGCAGUUUAUUUGGUGUCCCGCUUUGGGGUCCAGUUUCUGGUGCUGCCCAAGUAUGACAGGAUAAUGAAGAAGUAUAACAUUCAGCCUGAGGUCUCGAUGUAUGAGCUGGUCCAAGGGAGCCGGCUAUGGAUGCUUUGCACGGAUAUGGCCCUUGAGUUUCCCCGGCCUACCCUACCUCAUGUGGUGUAUGUUGGGGGCAUCCUCACCAAACCGCCAAGCCCCCUUCCACAAGAAUUUCUACAAUGGGCCAACAGCGCAGAGGAAAAUGGGUUUGUGCUGGUCUCCUUUGGUGCUGGUGUCAAAUACCUCUCUGAUGACAUCGCAAAGAAGCUGGCUGGAGCUUUGGGUCGCUUGCCACAGAGAGUCAUAUGGAGGUUUUCAGGAAUCGUACCCAGUAAUUUAGGAAACAAUACCAAACUUGUGGAUUGGAUGCCACAAAAUGACCUCCUCGGUCAUCCAAACAUCCGAGCAUUUCUCAGUCACGGUGGCCUCAACAGCAUUUACGAAGCCAUGUAUCACGGCGUCCCUGUGGUUGGCGUGCCGCUAUUUGGUGACCACUACGACACAAUGACCAGAGUGCAGGCCAAAGGAAUGGGGAUUAUGUUGGAAUGGAAGAGGAUGACAGAGGAUGACCUCUACCAGGCUAUGGUGAAGGUCAUUAAAGAUAACAGGUACCGAGAGCGGGCACAGCUCCUCUCUCACAUUCACAAAGACCAGCCCGGUCACCCGGUCAGCCGAGCCGUUUACUGGAUCAGCUACAUCCUCCGCCACCACGGCGCCGACCACCUCCGCUCCUCUGUCUACGACAUCCCCACUUACCAGUACUUCCUGCUAGAUAUAACUGUGGUGCUCCUAACCACCAUCCUGGUCAUCGUCUACGCUGUGUAUCGAAUAGCUAAACUCAUCACGACGAGGGCACAGUCAGCCUCAAUGAUGGGCAAGGCCAACGGACACUGUCACAACGGCAUUCCUAACGGCAAGCACAAAAGGAACGGCCACAUCAAGCAUGACAAAAAAGUAAAGUAGAGUGUUUUUUUUUUUUUCCAACAGUUACGCCAGCUGGUACUGUAGGGUGCAGAGCAAGCGACAGAAAUGGCACGUGUCACACACUCGAAGCACAGUGGGUAUUUCCCGAUGACGUGAAGUGAAGGUUAACAGAACUACACAACACAAAAAUAAGAAAUAAUCAAAGAAAUGAUUUGGGAGGCCAAAGUCCAUGUGUGUAAAAACAAAAAAAAAAAAGAAAACAAAACAAAAACAAGAAAA